AUGAAGGGGGGUGGCCUCGGCGCGAUUCUUCUCCCAGUGCUACUGCUGCUUAGCGGCCAAGUCAAGGCUGACUACGGAAUCAAAACGAACAAGCUGACCUUCCUCUCCCAAUCGGAACAGUGCAAAAAAGAAAUCAGCAUCUAUGAAGAAGGAAAUUCAUUCUUUAUACGAAAUAAGGACAACACAUAUUUGGAGGUCCAAGAGAAGGUGACAGUCGCAGGGAGCUUGGAUGUGUUUGGGACUGUCCACACGAAUGAGUACCGCGCGUUUGGGCAGAAGCAGUGGACUUUGCACCACCUGGACACGUUCGACCGGAAGGAGAGUGCCUGGAUCCCCUCGGAUAUCAGCACAUGUGGGAAUUCCCCCGACACCUUUCUGGGAGGACCCUGGUACGGGAACAAAAGGGUAGAAGAAUCGCUUUUCGAAGCAAAUGUACAAAAUGGUGCAGAGAAAGGUACGCAGAGGAGUCAAAUAAAAUUGCCGUGUUACGCCAUAUUCGGAGCUGUGGAGGCCUACACCACUGUUAGAGACAUACCAAAGCACAGCGCACUGAAAAUUAAAUUAAGGGUUCACUUUUUCGAUGCCUGGAAAGGCGAUUCACUGUUUCUUCAAGCUGAUAGGAAGACCGUUUGGGCUGAGCAGAACUGGGCUGACAUAACCUGCAACUUAUAUGCUAAACUUGUUCCUCCCACACUCAUGCAGAAUCACACAAAUCGAACCCUGAAGAAAAGGGUGUUGGUGACGGAAUAA